GCUCUAUGGAUAUGGAAAGCGCAACAAGCGGAGAUACAUCAUCUACUGUUACACUGCCGAUUUCUCGUGGACUUAAUCUUAAUCACACAGGUUCAGGUUGCAGCUCCUAGGGAAUAAAAGCAGCCUGGUGAAUAUUUGGUGAAAGCUGAGCGACUUCUGCCCUGUCCCUUCCAUCGCUGCUCCAUCAAGAUGGGGAAUGGAUUAUCAGACCAUCACGCUCUUUUCCCAUGCCUCCCUUCCUUCCAGGCUCUGCAUAUCGUCAUUCUCGGAUUGGACUGCGCCGGCAAGACCACCGUGUUGUACCGCCUGCGUUUCAACGAGUUCGUGAACACUGUCCCAACAAAGGGAUUUAACACUGAGAAAAUCAAAGUGUCACUCGGGGCUAGCCGGCGGACGGCGUCCUUCCAUUUCUGGGAUGUAGGUGGCCAGGAGAAGCUGCGGCCUCUGUGGCGCUCUUACACCCGCUGUGCAGACGGCAUUGUGUUUGUGGUGGACUCUGUGGACGCCGAGCGCAUCGAGGAGGCCAAGACAGAGCUACACAAGAUCACACGGCUGGCGGAGAACCAGGGAGUCCCGGUUCUGGUGGUGGCCAACAAACAGGAUCUGAGGAACUCGCUUAGCCUGGCAGAGAUGGAGAACAUGCUGGCGUUGGGGGAGCUGGGUGCCUCCACGCCCUGGCACCUUCAGCCAGCCUGCGCCAUCAUCGGAGAAGGGCUGCAGGAAGGGCUGGAAAAGCUGCACGCUAUGAUCAUGAAGAGGAGAAAGAUGCUCCGGCAGCAGAAGAAGAAGAGAUGAUGGCGAUGCUCAAAAGCAGCAGUGGGAACUAUGAGAGGACUAACAUGAGCAGGAUGCCAAGCCACACAGGGACUACUGUCACCUGGAUCCAGAGCUGCUGGUCCGUUGUGUAUGCUGUUAAAGAGAACCAGUCCCUCGGCAGCCCUGUGAAGUCUGAUUGCUCAUUGGCUCAUUGGAGUUUGAUCCGUCCAGUGGAACUGUUGAUGCAGGGUCAACGGGGGCUUCCUUCUCUCAAAGGCCAAAUGGAAUUGAUUUUGUCCUGUGGACUAUUGAUACCAACAAGCCUGCCAGCGACAAGGGACACUGAUGUUGUUUUAAAGGAAGUAUUAUGCCAUACAGCAGCAAGUUGUGAAGUUUACACUGAACACUCAAAUGACAAAGGCGGAGAAUGCGCUCUGACUUGUCUCUUUUUUCUCAUUUGAUCAAAAUGUUUGCCGUUUCCCUGUUAAAAAAAAAAGAUGAAUCUUUAUAUUUUUUAUUUCACCAAAGCUUGUGUUGAGACAGACAGGAGCAUAUGUUAUAUUAGAGCGAACUAUCAAAGUU